AUGUGUUAUAAAAAAGUCGAAUGUCAUGGUAAAUCGGAAAAGGGGCCGAUUUUUAAAUUAAAUGCAUACAUAAAAAAAUAUGAAAGAAAAUUCGGAAAAAUAUCAUCAUCAAAAUUUUUAUCACAGAAACAAUUAGGAUUAUUGAACCUCAUUCAUAAAUUAGUAGAAGCUAUUGAUAAAGAAGAUACUGAUAAACAACAAGCAUUGCAUAUACUUAAAUCAUCUAAUGAAGCAAUAAAAGAAACGAUUAUCACGUUUCAAAAUUCAAUGAAACUGUACAAAGAAACUAUGAAGUUUGAAUUUGCAAAAGUGGACUGUUUAAGUACAAAUCGACUUUUAAAUAUUAAUUACGCGUAUAUAUAA